UAAAAAAACGUUUGACCGUUGUAUUGUCUGAGUGGAUAUGAGGAAAGGAUAAGUAGUGCCACAAUAGAAAAAUGGUCAAAAAGUCAGACAUAUAUUCUAUCUGGAGAUCACAAAACCACUUAAAUAUUUUUUUAGAAUAAGAAAAAGAGAGAAAGAAAAAAGGAGAAUUAUUGGGUAAUAAUUAAAAUUUGGAACAAAAUUGAGUAAAGGCUUGAAUUACCAGUCCGACAAUACCAACACGUUCUUGGCAACUCACUUACUGAGUUUUCCACCCAUAUCAAGCCAUUAAAUUUUUUUCCUUCAAAUAACCAAAAACCCUUUUCAGGCAUCUCUGUUUCUCUCCCAAUUCCCUCUCUUUUCAUCAUUUUUAAGAUCUGCCCACCUUCACAUAUCGUCUCAUCUCAUCUGGGUUCUUAUUUAUUUUGAAUUUUUGUGGUUGAAAGUAACAGAGGAAGAGAACACACAAGACCAUGGAUGCUAUUUCUCAGUGGCAAAAACAAUGGUUUGAUUACAUCCACUACCUCCGUCAAGAGGGAUUCUUGGACGAUCAGUUUGUGCAGCUAAAGAAACUGCAGGAUGAGAACUCCCCUGAUUUUGUUGUUGAGGUUGUUUCUCUCUUCUUUGAGGACUCUCAGAAACUCCUCACAAACAUGGCAAAUGCUUUUGAGCAAAAAGUGGUGGACUUCAAACAGGUGGAUGCCAAUGUUCAUCAGUUAAAGGGUAGUAGUGCCAGUAUUGGGGCAAUGAGACUUAAAAACGUAUGCGUUAACUUCAGAAAUUACUGUGAAGCUCAGAACGUAGAAGGUUGUUUGAGAUGUUUGCAACAUGUGCAACAAGAAUGCUCUGUGUUGAAGAGCAAGCUUGAGAAAUUGUUCAUGCUGGAGCAACAGAUAGUGGCAGCUGGUGGAAAAAUUCCUGUCUUAGAAUAGAUCAACUCUACUUGAGAAAAACGUCAAGAAACACUGAUUUAAUUAAGUGUGUAGUUUUUGAUAUGCAUCCUUCUUGCUCACACAGAAGAAGGCACACAGGAUUUUAUCCAAGACCUUGUUUGAGAGCCUAGCUUUUUCUUAGCAUAUAUAGAUAUAUAUAUAUUUAUAUUAUCAGUUGAACCGUAUAGAGUUAAGAGUCAAUAUUAGACUAGUGGUUUGAUAAUAGUCUAUUAUAUAUGACUUUGGUAUGCAUGUGUAAUGGUGUUUGGUGUUACCUCUAUUUUGCAAGACACAUCAGGUUGUGUAACUUCUCUAUGAUAUGAAAUCUUCUUUGGUUUAAUUA